CAUUCUUUUCUCUAUGCAUAUGAAACACAAAACAUUUGUUCCUUUGUUCCCUCCCCUUAUUUCACCUGAGCUCAGAGAGUAUAUGCAAAUCUUGUACAUAGAUUUUCUUGAAACCCAUUAUCAUUUUCUUGAAGUUUUCAGCUUUCUGACUGUCAAAGCCAAAAACAAAAAAAAAAUGAACUUAAGGUAUGCUCCCCAUAUAGUUAUUACUAUAUUCUUGUCUUUUUCUCUUCAAAUUGUGUUUUCUCAAUUGCCCCCAAAUCAAAUUAAUGUCAUGAGAAGUGUCUAUGAUCUGUUUCAGAAUGAUACUGGUGCUUCUUUUGUAUGGAAUGGAACUGAUAAAGCUUCAACCCCAUGUUCUUGGAAAGGGGUUUCUUGCAAUUCUAAUAAUUCUUCCCUUACCAAAGUCACCUUUUCAUUGUUCUCUAUUUCUAGCUCUGAAUUCUUGCCUUUUAUUUGUCAAAUUGAUACUUUGGAGUCUCUUGAUGUUUCCCAAAACUUUUUGAGCUCUAUCCCAAAUGAGUUCAUCACUGUUUGUGGGGGAAUUAGUGGGUUGAAAUUGUUGAACUUUAGUGGGAAUAAAUUGGGGGGUUUUUUGCCUACUUUCACUGGUUUUGGAAAGUUGGAGUCUUUGGACUUUUCUUACAAUAACAUGAAUGGGAAAGUUGACUUGCAGUUGGAUGGAUUAGACUCACUCAAGAGUUUGAACCUUAGCUUUAACAUGUUUAAUGGUCCAGUUCCUACCAGUCUUGGAAAAUUUAUUCUUCUGGAGGAGCUUCAUCUUUCUGCAAAUUCUUUUGAAGGUGAAUUCCCCACUCAAAUUGUGAACUUUGGCAACUUAACUUUGAUUGACCUAUCUCUAAACAGCCUAUCUGGUGUAAUUCCUGAUAGAUUAGGUGAACUUUCCAAAUUGCAAGUUUUGAUUUUGUCAGCCAAUAAUUUGAGUGGCACAAUCCCACAAUCCCUUAGGAAUAUCACAACGCUGACGCGUUUUGCUGCAAAUCAGAAUAAUUUUGUUGGAAAUAUACCCUUUGGUAUAACCACAUACCUGAGGAAUUUGGACCUCAGUUUUAACAGAUUAAAUGGUACUAUUCCUCAGGACCUCUUAUUCCCAAUGAAUUUGCAGUUUGUUGAUCUCACUUCCAAUAAGUUAGAGGGACCUGUUCCUUCAAACAUGUCGAUAAAUUUGAUCAGGUUGAGAUUGGGGCAAAAUGCUUUGAAUGGGUCAUUUCCAUCUGCUUCUUUUGAAAGCCUUCAAAGUUUGACCUACUUGGAACUGGACAACAACCAGUUAACUGGACCAAUUCCUUCUGAAUUGGGAAAGUGCCAAAAGCUGGCCCUUUUGAACUUAGCCCAGAAUAAGCUGAGUGGUGUUAUUCCUGUUGAGUUGGGUGAUAUUUCUAAUCUUCAGGUACUGAGUCUUCAGUCCAAUAAUCUAGUUGGAGAAAUUCCAAGUAACAUUUCACAGUUGAACAGAUUGCAGAGGCUCAAUUUCAGCUCGAAUUCAUUGACUGGUUCCAUUCCAAGUUCGUUAUCAAGUUUGAGAAGUCUCACAAACUUGAAUUUGCAGGGGAAUAAUCUAAGUGGUCGAAUUCCGGUUGACAUUAGUAACUUAAAUGUGCUGUUAGAACUCCAAUUUGGAGGGAACCAACUCAGUGGGCCUAUUCCUGAUAUGCCUUUGAGUUUACAGAUUUCUUUGAAUCUGAGUCACAAUCUUUUUCAAGGACCUAUACCAAGUAGUUUUUCUAGAUUGACUUCAUUGGAAGUUUUGGAUCUCUCUUACAACAGGUUCUCGGGUCAGAUUCCAGACUACCUGACGGGAAUGGGAGGCUUGACUAGGUUGGUGCUUUCAAACAAUCAACUGUCUGGAGUUGUUCCAAAGUUUGGAAGCUUUGUCAGUGUUGAGACAGAUGGAAAUGGGGGUCUGAUCUAUCCUUCCCCAGUUGUGCCACCACAAGCUGCUGCAAAAAAGAGAAAAUCAAUAGUUGUUGCAGUUGUUGUCCCAAUUGCAUGUGUAGCAACAAUUGCCGUUUUCGUGGUGAUUGCUAUUUCAAUCUCUAGAAGAUAUUACAGGAUCAAUGAUGAACAUUUUCACUCAGGAUUAGAAAUUUCUCAAUCCCCUGUCGUUCAGGGAAAGGUUUUAACUGCAAACAGCAUUCACAAGUCAAAUAUAGACUUCACAAAGGCAAUGGUAGCAGUGUCUGAUCCCUCAAAUGUUGUGUUCAAGACAAGAUUUUCAACCUACUAUAAAGCUGUUAUGCCAUCAGGUACAACCUAUUUUGUCAAGAAGCUUAAUUGGAGUGACAAAAUAUUUCAGUUGGGAAGCCAUGAACUAUUUGGGGAAGAGCUAAAAAAUAUUGGAAAGCUGAAUAAUUCAAAUGUCAUGAUUCCACUAGGCUAUCUUUUGGCUGCUGAUAGUGCUUAUCUCUUCUACGAAUUUGCCCCCAUUGGCUCAUUAUAUGAUGUUCUUCGUGGUAGCUUGGGCUACUCGUUAGAUUGGGCAAGUCGCUACAGCAUAGCUAUUGGAGUAGCUCAGGGUUUAGCUUUUCUUCAUGGAUGUGAAAAGGGUCCAAUCCUCCUCCUCGACCUUUCCAGCAAGAGCAUUCUCUUGAAGUCCCAGAAUGAGGCUCAGAUAGGAGACAUUGAACUCUACAAGGUGAUGGAUCCUUCGAAGAGCACAGGCAGCUUUUCUGCUGUUGCUGGUUCUGUCGGUUAUAUUCCUCCAGAAUAUGCAUACACAAUGAGAGUCACAAUGGCUGGAAAUGUAUAUAGCUUUGGGGUUGUCCUGCUGGAAUUGUUGACAGGAAGGCCUGCAGUUAGUCAGGGAACCGAGUUAGCCAAGUCAGUGCUGAGCAACUCUGAGAAGCACAGCAAGUGGGAUCACAUUCUGGAUUCUAGCAUUUCUAAGACAUCGCUCAACAUUAGGAGCCAGAUGUUAGCAGUCCUCAAAUUGGCUCUAGCUUGUGUCAGUGUAUCACCAGAAGGCCGGCCAAAGAUGAAGAGUGUGCUUCGAGUGCUUCUCCAUGCAAGGUAAUCGGAUGUCAAAGGAAAGUUAAGGAGAAAACAGCCAAGAUGGUUUUCUUCUUUUUCUUUUGGGGAGGAGCUGCAAGUGGUGAAGGUGUUGUGAGCUAUGCAGAAUAUGCCAGUUUUGCCAGUUUAUACAUAUUAUAUUAAUGUAAACAUAUAGAUAUAUGAUGAUAGUAGUUACAUAACUUUGAAUAUGAUGUUAGUUCUCAGUGUAACAUAGUCCAUUUUUCUUGUUCAUGUGUAAUAUAUAUAUAUAUUAUAUAUAAAAGGUCUUUGGGAGUGAA